AAUUGAUCCUCAGAUCAAUCGAAUUCUUUCCAUAUCUACGACCAAUGAAUCUGUAGUAUGAUGUCGGGAUUUCAAAUUCUGCAGUCCUGUAGUCGUGGAAUUCCUUUCCUUUCUUGCUACUGUUCCAAAUUGAUGGCUUAUUGGAGUUUCAGUGACUACCGAAGUUGGAUCGAUUACGAUGUGCUGAUUACAGACCCAGUUGUUUAUUUGUCGUUUUAGAAGCAGAAUUGCUCGCAUAAGCUUUGACCUUGUGGGCAGUGAUGGAAAACAGCCAAAACACCCCUAGUGUUAUUGCAAAGUUGAUGGGUCUUGAUGAGAUGAUGCCACCAUGGAAGCAGCCUAUUUCUAGACAAUUGAGGGUGUUGUCAGAUAACUAUCUUCAGAAAUCUGGUUCUAUAGGGAAGAGAACAAGAAAAGACUCACAAAACAAUCUGCUGAGAUCCAAGAAAAGGGCAAAUCUGAGAACAAAUUAUUCAAAUGAAGAUAUUUCACCCAAAGAUCUUGAGCAAAAAAGUUCGAAUCUUGAUGGUAUUCAGGGUACGGAGUCGAUCAAGAAUGGUGAAAAUGCUUCCAGGUCUUCCUUUCUAGUAAAUCCUCAGACCACUUUUGCUUGGGAGGCCAAGAAACAACUAUUAGAGAGACUCAAAAUGACCAAAGUUUCUCAAGAACUUCGGUCUAGUACUCAGAGUAGUAGUCUUAAAUCGAAGCCAGGAUCAAAGUUUGGUGGUUUGAUUGGUAUUAGCAGCAAAGAAGGUAGGACAUAUAAACCUGUUACCAAAUUGCCAAUCUUCAAACUUACGAACUUCUCUUCUAAUUCGACCACAAAGUCUCUGAAAAUUACUAGAAGUGUUGAUCUGAAGCCAAGUUCUGUGGUGAACCAUAUGUCUACAAACAUCAAGAAAGAUAAUAUGGUUUCAAACUCAUCAACUCCCUUGUCUGUAAGUUCUAAUUCAGAUGCAAGAACCGAAAUGGUAGGCCUGUCGAUGCAACUUCAGCUUCUGGAAUCAGAAUCAGAAGAAAAUGACAUGGACCCUGAAAUGGUUACAUCGAGUGACGAUGAAAAAUCUUGUUGUACAGAUGAAAACAUAAAGUCAGUGGUCUCGGUUGGAUCCAAAGAAAGUCGGGAUUUUUCGUACCUGUUAGAUGUAUUUGAUGAAUCGGGGUUUGAGGGUGGCGAUGUGGAGAUAAGGUUUGAAAGAUGGCAUUCUUCAGAAUGUAUGGGAAGCCCCUUGGUUUAUGAAAGAUUAGAGAAGAAAUACGGGAAGCAAGAGUUGUGGCAUAAGGCGGAGAGGAGGCUGCUAUUUGAUCGAAUAAACGCAGGGAUGAUCGAGAUUCUACGACCACUUUGGUCCAAGCCUUUGAGGAGAAAGAUGACGAAAAAUAUGUGGCGGAGAGAUGCGAUCGAAGAAGAACUGUGGAUAUUGUUAGCGAGUCAAGAAAACGGAGUCCACGAUGGGGUGGCUCAGAAGGCUGUGGGAAGAGGACCAUGGUUGGGGCCGGAGGACGAACUGGAUUCUAUUGUUAAAGAGAUUGAAACUUUUUUGUUCGACAAGCUAGCAGCAGAGUUAAUCUGUGUUUGACAAAAGUGCGAUUGGUCUGGUGGUACCUGGGUUACCUGUAGAGCCGAGGGGAGGUGUUCAACUGCAAACCUCAAGGAAGAUGAUGAGUAUGGGUGAGUUUUUGCCAUAGAUACUUGAAACGAGAAGAGCCUGCAUAUGUUUAUUUUUUGUUAAAGAAAGAUAUACAAUUACAACGAUUGAUUUUGCA